AUGGAGCACUCUCACCGCGAGCUCCUGAUCAGCAACAUCCUGCCCACAAAUGAGGCAAAGAACGUAAAUGGUUCGAAUUUUGCAAGAUCGGAGAGUCACAUCAGCAACUCCAGUGCCAUCAUCAUUGAAGCGGAAGCCUGCAGACAAAGGUACAAGCGGCUGCACCCAAAGGACAUCACAGAGGACGAGAAGGAUUAUAAGACUCUCGUGCACACGAUCCAGCCAGAUAGGCUUUCUGCCAUCUUCAAAAGCAAGCUGGGCGAGGGUUCGUGCAAAACCGGGCUCUGUGGUUUGAAGGAGGAGCAAGCACGAGUCUAUUUCAACGUGUAUGGCAAAAACGAGAUCACCCCGCCAAAGCGGGAGAAUAUUUGGAUCAAACUGUUAAGGCAGACUUUUCUGGGGAUUUUCAACAUUCUCCUAUGGUCCUGUGUUGCUGCCGAGGUGGCUUUGAUUCUCAUCUUCUCGGGGGAGACAGCCGGUUCCGAAGCAUCUGCUCCGAAUGCGACCGCAGCUAACGAGGCCCUUGCCGCACACAGUGAAGAAGGGCCAGACUAUGUCACGCCCAUCAUCCUCUCGUCGGUUAUCGUCAUGGCAGCCCUCCUACAGUGGUACUCCGAGCUCAAGGCCGAGUCCCAGAUGGAAGCCAUGCAGAAACUGCAGGCCGCUGCCAAGGUGCCAGCCGUACGCAUUGACAAGGGGCGCCGUGUGGACUUGGAGGUAGACCCUCUGCACCUGGUGCCUGGCGAUAUCAUCUUCCUCCAGGCCGGCGAUCGCAUUCCAGCGGACGUCCGCAUCUUGCAUUGCACAGACGGCACCGAGGUGGACAACUCGGCACUGACUGGGGAGUCGAUGCCGGAACCCCGCCACACGAAGACAGAGCCUGUCACGUGUCCACCACCAGAAGCUCGCAACCUGGCCUUCUUUGGCACAACGGUGCUGAAGGGAAAUGCCACUUGUUUGGUGCAUGCCACGGGCGACGCGACGUUCCUGGGGAAGAUCGCGCAAGGAAUCAAGUCUUCGCGGGUGAAAUCGACUCUGGAGAUCCAGAUUGAGCAUUUCGUCCACAUCAUUGCUGUGGUUGCCAUCUGCGUUGGCUUGCUGAGCUUGCUGGCCAACUUGCUUUCGCCUGUCAAACGUGGACCGGCCGAAAUUCUUCAGAACAGCGCUGCAGCUCUUUUUGCGCAGGUCCCUGAGGGUCUUCUGCCAACGGUGACAAUUUCGCUGAUGAUUGCCUCGGAUCAGAUGGCGACACGAAACGUGAUUGUCCGCAAGAUCGACGCCGUUGAGACCCUUGGGUGUGUCUCUGUCUUCUGCUCUGACAAGACAGGGACACUCACCACGGGCGAGAUGGCUGUUCAGGACUUGGUGGUACCCGUCGCUGGAGCAAGUCUGGGCUUGGAGGUCCACAACCGCGAUAAGGACAGUGGCAAGUUCAAAGCAAUGAAGAGCUUGGAGACAACAUCGCUCUGUGGCAUCCUCAACAACGGCGCCGAGCACAAGGUUGAGAAAGGGGAAGAGCGCUGGACUGGCUCCCCAACAGAGGUUGCCAUUCUUCGCGCGUGUGCAGAGGUGGCUGGCGGUCCUGGGCCAACUGCAACGCUGAAGUCGAAGCCAGAGAACUACAAAACAUUUGAGAUCCCCUUCAACUCGGAAAACAAGUGGAUGCUCACCAUCCAUGGCACCGCUGGUCAGGGAAACUACUUUGCGAUCCUGAAGGGAGCUCCUGAGCGUGUCCUCAAGUACACAACUCUGGCUGCUGAUGCGACGUCCAUGGGCAAGAUCGAGCAGCAGCUCCAGGACCUCAUGGGCCAGGGACGUCGCGUGCUGUGCAUCGCCAAGCGCGACAUAGCCAGCAACGAAAUUCCAGCGGGAGGAAAGUUUGAGGGCACCAAUGCCUCGGAUUGCAACUUCCCCAUGAAAGACUUCGAGUUCGUGGGCUUGUAUGGCAUUGAGGACCCGCCCAAAAAGGGAGUGGAUGAGGCUGUCCUGAUGGCUCAGCGGGCCGGUGUGAAGGUGGUGAUGGUGACCGGAGACCACCCUGACACUGCUCGGGCCAUUGCAGGCCGAAUCAACAUCCUGGGCUCUAGCGCUGACGAGGCCAACGAGGCCGAGCAGCUCCAAGGUGCAUCCGAAUUUUCCGUCAUCACGGGGGUCAUGCUGGACAACCGGAUCCCACGCGGCGACAAUUUCACGGAUGAGGAACCUGAAGAGAAUGUGAAGUGGUGGAGGAAGGCAGUGCAGCACACCCGCGUGUUUGCCCGCGUCUCCCCGAUCCACAAGCAGGUCAUCGUGCAGGCUUACCAGAAGUAUGGUUACCAGGGCAUCGGGGACAUCGUGGCAAUGACUGGCGAUGGUGUUAACGAUGCUCCGGCCCUCAAGCAAGCGGAGGUCGGCGUGGCAAUGGGUCAACGCGGUACCGAGGUCGCAAAGGAUGCUUCUGACAUUGUUCUUCAUGAUGAUAACUUCUCGUCCGUGGUGAAAGGCAUGGAGCAAGGACGACUGUCAAGCGAGAACCUCCAGAAGUCCAUUAUGUACACCCUGUGCUCCAAGGUGCCACAGGUUGCUCCAACUUUCGGCGAGUUGUUCGGCGUUCCACAGGCUCUCACAGUGGCGCAAGUGCUGCUCAUCGACAUUGGUACAGACAUCUGGACUGCUAUUGCCUAUGCCCUCCAGCCUGCGGAGUCAAAGUUGAUGGAGAGGGCGCCUCGACACCCCCGAUACGAAAAGAUGGUGAACUGCAAGGUUUUGGUUUACAGCUAUGGAUACAUUGGACAAUUGCAGAUGCUCUUCUGUUGGCUGAUGUUUUUCUGGGCAACUCCCGGCAUGUGGGACCUCUACAUGUCUGGAAAAAGCCCUAAUGAUUAUGCACUCGAGGAUUUCGAGACAGACACAAUGGGCAUGACAGUCUACUACUGGACACUUGUAGUUGGGCAAAUUGCCGCCGCUGUAUCUACAACGACCAAGCUGCAGAGUGUGUUUGGCUUGGGCACCACGCCAUACUGCUUUCCAAACAGCACCCUGAACUUGAUGUUCCUUGGAGAGAUUGUGAUGGGCCUGGCUGCCAUCUACUGCCCUCCCAUCCAGUCCGCUUUCAAAACAGGUUGGAUCCCAAUGAGAGCUGUUACGCUUCCCUGGGUUGCCUUCGCUGGCAUUAUUUUGGCAGAUGAGAUACGAAAGAUGGUUGCACGCAGUUGCGAGGAAUCCUCCUCCAAGCCGAUUCCUCAGCGUCGUGCGGUGGCUGUUGCGCUUCCAUCAAUGCGUACUACCGAGGAAAUGACAAAGAUAGUUCAGAUAGUCAGCAGCUGGUUGGAGCCCCAGUACACGGACAAACGGGUAUGGCCGGGAGCAAAGCGCGUGCGGGGAUUCUCCCGUAUUGAUGGCUACGUGCAUUACUACGGCAAGCUGAAGAACCAUGAGGGCAUGCUGCGAGACUCUGCGCGCAAUGAGGCCUAUGAUGCGGCACUGGCUAGAGCAGCCUUAAAACUGAAAGGGGCGACUGUGAUGGACAUCGGAACGGGAUCUGGAAUUCUCGCUCUUCUGGCCGCCAAGCAUGGUGCCAAGAAAGUCUAUGCUAUUGAGGGCUCGCCUGACAUCGCGCGUGUCGCCUCUCGGCUUGCUCGUGCCAACGGCUAUGCCGGCGUCAUAGAGGUAAUCCCAAAGCAUCUGGAGUCUGUAGCACGUGAGGAAGUCGGGCAGGUGGAUGUCAUUGUGUCCGAGCUGUUUUCUCACUUCCUUGUGGGGGAGCUUGGUCUCCAGGCAGUGACCUACGCUGCGUCUCGAUUCCUGAAGCCAGAUGGCCUUGUUUUGCCGGCUGCAGCUUGGCUGAGGUUGUCACCCUUCGAAGACCCAACACUGGGCGCGGAGUUGCGCUCAAGACACAACUUCUGGCAGAAUGUUGAUUUCAUGGGCUUCGACCUGACUCCAGCAUUGCCUUUGGCUGUGGAGCAGCAGAUGAAGGAGCUCGUUCUUGAUAUUGUGGAUUCCGACCAACUUCUGGUUCCUCCGGCCAAGUCUCCAGGACACUUCCUGGACCUUGGAGGGACAAAGGAUGUUAAGGAUUGGCGGAAGAUUGACUUUGAGCUGAAGUUCCCAACUAGAUCCAAAGAUGCCUUGAUUGAUGGUUUGUGUGGCUGGUGGGAUGCAGUCUUCUCUGGUGACUGUAUGGGUGAAGACCCCCCUGUACUCUCCACUUCGCCAGAAGCACCAUUGACGGUAUGGGCUCAUUGCCGUUUCAUGCUGAGCAGGCCGUUGCCCGUUUCUGCUACAGACAAACUAAGGGUCCACUGUCAAAUGCGGUCGCACAAGUUGCGAGAAUCUUACACGGUAUCCAUGGAGCUUUCCAACGACACCACCCGAGAGAAAGCAACGGUGGGGCCAGUGGAGCUGAGUGACGUUUAUGCCCGGCACUUUGCCAAGUCCAAUCCCUUCCCAGCUGCGGCCAUGAAGGGGCGGCCGGCCUGCGUGUGGAUGAAAAGUGCCCUGAAUGGAAAGCGCGAGGGUAAGAUCAGGUCGGAUGUCUGGGGAGAGGAGGAGCGCAGCCAGACCUGCGAGGCCAUCGGUGGCAGUGUUUACGAGGAGCAGCCCUCCUCUGCCUCCUUUCUUUCAGACAAGAAGACGCUUGUGGAGACUGAGGUGCAGCGAGGCAACUGCACCUUCGUGGACAAGGCAGCUUUAGACGUUAACUUCGGUAACCCCGUGCGGAUGCCUGAUGCCACGUCAAUCUUCAACUACCGUCCCCAUUGGGGAGCCGUUCCUCACCCCGGUGCCCCAGUUCUCUUGGCCAUCAAAAAGCCAGAGCAGCAGGGCGCUGCCCUGAAUGCGCAAGCAGCAGGCGCUGCUGGCGUCCUGGUAGCCUUUGACACAGAUCGGGUCGCCGCAAUGGGUGGUUCGAACAGUUCAGUGGAAAACAGCAAGGUGCACAUUUUUGCCGUAGCGGUCGGCAAGAGCCUUGGCGCCAAGAUUUCCAAUGAGCUGAGGUCGAUGGAGUCGCAACCAGUGGUUGCUUCAGUGACUGCAUACGAGCCUCCUGUUAUGAAUGUGUCUGAGUUCAUUUUGAUACUCAUUGCGACUGGUCUCGUGGCGGCUGGGACCUUCUUCUCGACGGCGGACAUGAGGCAGACAGGAUUCAGUUCCGCCAUCGCUCCGCAGGCAGAGGAAGUGCAAGAAGUUGAUACCGUUAUGGCCGGCAGCUUCUGCCUGGUCGGAAGCGCCAUGCUUGUCUUCCUGUUCUUUUUCAUGAAGUACAUGAUCUAUGUGAUCAUGUUUAGCUUCUGUGUCGGUGGUGCGAUGUGCCUGGCGCAGUUUAUUGCAAUGUCCUUGCACCACUAUGUUCCAAGGACGAAGCAGCGGGUGGUGGAUGUGCCCCAGAUAGGUCCAGUCACCGAGGCUGAAUGCUUUGCGGCCGUGCCUGCGGUGGCGUUGGCCGUGUGCUGGUUCAUUUUCAGAAAUUCUGAAUAUGGCUGGCCUUUCCAGGACAUCAUUGGGGCAGGCUUCCUUUGCUGGAUGCAGCGGACAUUGAGGCUACCUAACCUGAAAACUGCGACUGUGCUGCUGACGGCGAUGUUCUUCUUUGACAUCUACUGGGUGUUCAUCUCCGUGCACCAGUUCAAGGAAAGCGUCAUGGUGAGCGUGGCCACUGGUGCAGGGUCAAAAGCAAACGAGCCACUGUGUACCUUCAAGUAUCUGGAAGAGGGCCACUAUUGCAGCUUUAUCGAUCAUGAAGAUGGGCAGAGGAGAGCUGCGAGAUGCCCAGAUGUGGAUGCAGCCAUAGGUGAAAGCAAAUACGUUUUGUCGCUUCAGCCGAUGCGAGGCAACUUCUCUGGGAUGUGCCUUGACUUCCUGCUGAUUCGUGCUUGCCAGCGCGGCAAGCUGUUCGGUGAGGGUGAUGAAACUGUAUCAAUGUCCGUUGUGAUUCCUAUGGUAGAUGGCAAGGGUAGCCGGCUGAGCAGCUCGCCCGGUGGCUGCGAUGUGCUUCAAGACGCGGAUCAGUUUGGGUCCAUAGUUGGGAAGGCAUAUGCAGUCUCCAAGUUGGACAAGCCUGGAUUCUCGACUUGGCAAAGCUUGUUUGAAGGAGCUGGUCGAUACGUCGUGAAGCCCCUGGCUCCUGACGAUGAGGAUGGGGAAAGCUGGAUUUCAUUGCAUCCACAAGGAAGGGUGAGCCCGUCCUGCCUCGCCAGCAUUUCCGCAGCUCUGGCAGAGACUGAGGCCUUGCUGGCAAAGCAGUCCUUCACACCAUCAACCCGUAUGAUGCCCAGUGCUCCUGACGCAGAGCUGGAAGUGAAGCUCACCAGUGGAGAUGAGCCUGUCCAGGAUCGCGUCAAGUCCUUGGAGCAGGAUCCUGAGCUGAAGGAGAUGUUCGAGGAUAUCAAGAAGAAUGGCAUGGAAGCUGCCAUGAAGUACUACCAGGACGAAAACUUGAUGCUGAAGAUAUCUCAGAAGAUGGGAGGGCUUCCAGAAGACCUCCAACCUGUCUUAAGGAAGAUUGAGGAGACUCCUCUUACGCUGCACGAGGCAGCAAAGAACGGUGACGUCAAAGCCGUGCAGGACUUUCUGCAAAAGAAGAAGCCCUUGGACUCCCAGGACCACAAGGGCAUCACGGCGCUGGGAUAUGCCAUUGGCUCCAACCGAAUUGCUGUGGUGAAGCUGCUCCUGGACAGCAGGGCAAACCCAUUUGCAGUGGACAGCAAUGGCAACAGCGGGCUCCACUACUCAGCCGGCUACGGCCGAAAGGAGCUUCUUGAGUAUCUGCUGAAGGUGGGCAUCAAUGUCAACCAGCGGAACGCGCAGGGACAGACGCCGUUAGCGGUUGCGCAGCUUAACAAGCAAGAGGCGACCGUUGAACUUCUGCUAGCCCACGGUGCCCAAGCAUGA